GCGGCGGCGGCGGGCCCGUGGCGGGGGGGCUGCAGCGCGCGCCGCCUCAGCCGACCGCUCUCAGGGCUCGUCCCGGGAUCUGCCGGCAGAAUGAGUCUGCAGAUUUUAAAUGCAGAAAAUGGAGAAAAUGGAGGAAGCAUUAAGGAUGAUUUAACAGCAGAAGACUGUGGCUUUUUCUUUGCACUGCCAGAACCUACAGGGAGACCUUCUAUUCUCCGCCUGUCCCAGAAAGAAAACUUGCCACCAAAAAAUGUGGCAAAAGCGAAGAUGGUAACCUUUCAAACUCCUCAAAGAGAUCCUCAUACUGGAAAAAUCGUGAGUCCUGCUAUGACAGACAAACUUGAGACUGCUUUUGCACUUGACGAUUGCCAUAAAGACUUGGUGGAUGAUGUUUUAUAUGCACCCUCUGAUUCUAGCACAUGUCAACAAAAGACUGUAGCAGAAGCAAACAAUACCCAAAUGCCAGAGAAGGUCAGCGUGGCUCCUUACCCAGAUGAUGAGAUGCCAGUGAGGAGUCGAGGUUCCUACAGUCUUGAUUUUGAUAACUUAAAUGACAUCAAUCCUUUUCAAAGUUCGGUACMGUUGCUUCAUUCUCCUGGAAAUCUGCAGAAGUCUCCUGUAAAAGUAUCUAGCAGCUCUGAGAAAACUGAAAAAAGUCAUGAUUCUCUUCUGUGGGAGGAUGCAGCUCCUUUUGCUUCAACCACAGCAAGUACAGAGUGUUUAAGUGAAGAGAAGACUCCCAUCUCUGAAAACGAAUCUGCACUGAGCAAGCUGGAGUCUAACAAAUCCAAGCUGUCCCCUGAGCAAGCAAUUGGUGACUCUGAGAAGGGUGUGAAGUCUGCUUCCACAGAUGCAAGCCAAACUGAUAAUUCAGUGGCAYUAGGAGAGACACCUACACCUGCUGCACAGUUACCUGGCAACUUGGGUCCCAGUAGUUCUGAUGUAACUAAUUCUUUUAAAACUGAGGACUCAAAGCUUCAGAAUGUUUCAGUAGCAGAAAAAUCCUCUGCAGAAGAGUUGAAGCCUGACAAAGAGCUGGGUGUCUCCACAGGGAAACCUACAGAAAAGCCUGAUGUCACCAAGGCUGGACCAGUAAUACAGGAAUUUGACUUUGAUAAUACCACUGCUAGAAAACCACCUCCUAAGAAACUAGGUAAAAGACUGGGAAUUAAACCACCUUCCAAAAAAAWUCCUAUUACCAAGACAAAACCGGAGAAUACUGAAGUGCAGAAUAAAAGUAAUGUGGAAGAUGAAAUCCCUCUUCCUAAAGCAUCWUAUAAGUUUGACUGGGACAAACUUGAUGAUCCGAAUUUUAAUCCAUUUGGAGGAGGCUCUAAAAUUUCCACCUCACCCAAGUGUUCUAAACCCAGCCCUCAGAAAGUUCACCUGCCAGAGGAACAGGAUAGUAGCUCACCAAGAAGGGAACCUCUUCCAGUGGAGCAACCUAGCAGUCCAAAUACCUGUGAGAAUACUCUUGAGAAAGAAGAACCCAAAAAUCUGGGAAUUGUUGAGCACACUGUGGUAGAAGACAUGCCAGAAGCUCAAAAAGAGAAGUCAGGAGUUCAAGCAGAAGCUGAACUUCCAGGAAAGAGAGAAGUGGAGAAGCAAAUGAGCCCAUCUAAAAUGUCUCUGGCUAAUGUUGCUCCCUCUCAAGAUACUUUGGUUUCCACUGACAGUGGAAAAAAGUCAAUACCUGCAGAAGAAAUUAAACCUAGCUCCCCCAGAACURAAGUAACAGCAGAUGAGACAGCUAAUGCUGAACCUGAAGAGAUCUUCAGACCAUCAUCAGAAGUUUUAGGAAUGGGCAUAGACUAUCUGGAGCAGUUUGGGUCUUCAUCAAUCAAAGAAUCAGCCUUGAGAAAACAGUCACUGUAUUUGAAGUUUGACCCUCUGUUGAGAGACAGUCCAAGGCAACCAGUUCAUGGUACUGUUCAAUCAAGCGAGAGUGUCAUGACAGCUGCACCUCAGCCUGGUCCUGUUGCUGAUUUAGAUAAACUGUUUGAGGAAGCUGGAAAGCCUCUAGUGAGUCUUCAAAGUGAAGAAAAACCAAAAGGACUAGUUCUUCUGGAGACAUUUACAACUUCUGACACAAGUCCUCUAAUUCCAGACUCCCUGAGUAGUGAUGUUCCUCCAGUCCCUUUUGCURCUCCUACAAACACUGCAGUGGAUGCUAUUAUAGACGUGCUAAAAUAUAGCCAAAAAGACAUGGAUGCAGUUCUUGAACUGGUUCAAAAGAAAGAGCUGGAGAUUCAGGARUGGAGCAAGAAGUAUGACAAGCUUCAUGUGGAAUACAAGGAAAUGAAGAAAAUAUGUGAUGAAUUUGAACAGACAAUAGUACAACUUAUGGAGGAUGCUCAGAAGCAGAAGGAAAUCUCAAGGAAUGAAGUACAGAAGCUGAUGGAAGAGAAGCAGCAAGCUAUUUCAGAUCUGAACUCUAUGGAGAAGUCUAUGGAGAAGUCUUUCUCUGAACUCUUCAAGCGACUUGAAAAACAGAAAGAGGCAUUAGAGGGUUACCACAGAAAUGAAGAAGUUUUGAAAAACUGUGCAGAAGAAUACUUGGCUAGAAUUAAAAAAGAGGAGCAGAGAUAUCAGGCACUUAAAGCACAUGCUGAGGAAAAGCUGCAGCAAGCCAAUGAGGAAAUUGCCCAGGUUCGCAGCAAAGCAAAAUCAGAGACCGCAGCACUUCAGGCCACUCUACGCAAAGAACAGAUGAGGAUCCAGUCUUUAGAGAGGASCCUUGAACAAAAGACUAAAGAAAAUGAUGAAUUAACAAAAAUCUGUGAUGACUUGAUCUUGAAGAUGGAAAAAAAUUGAUAUCUUAACUGUCUUGUAAAUAUGUUUAGUUUUUCUGACUUGCUGUCUUAUGUGUUCACUCACUUUUUUUAUGUAUGUGGAGAAAAAAUAAAAUUCUUGAUUCA